AUGGUCCGGCCAAAACGACUACUCGAGACACUCAGUCCUGGCGGGCCGGACCUCAAGUCUGUCAUAGGCCCCGUUACCAGUUGCAGGGUUAGCUCGCCUGCUCCAACUUCCACACGGGAAUCCGGUUGCGAGAUUGGCCCUCUGGGGCUGAUAUCUCUGGGACAACAAAAAGUUCGUCUGGUCUCCGUCCGGCUAACUGAAGUGGCGUAA